AUGACAUCCGUUUUCAAGAAUGGGCGCAUCUUCUUGCCAUCGCAAAACUCAAAUAAUGAGGGGGACUUUGCUGACAGCAUGAUUAUCGAGAAUGACAAGAUCUCCCAUGUCGGCUCUCUUGAUGGAAUAACCCUCCCAGAAAAUGCAACUGUCAUUGACCUGGAAAGUCGCACUGUUAUUCCAGGCUUCAUCGACGCCCAUGUGCACAUCCUGCAGUACGGGCAAUCAUUACGCAAAGCCGAUCUCAUCGCAUGCACCUCCCUCGAUCAAAUCCGUGAAGCCAUUAAAUCCUACGCAGAAGCCCAUCCAUCUUUGCCGCGCAUAUUAUGCCGAGGCUGGAUCCAAUCAUCUACCAAUGGAGUCGCAUUGGCAAGUAUGCUGGAUGGUAUCGACCCACGUCCCAUUUUUAUUGACUCCUUCGACCUCCACUCCAUGUGGUGCAGCGCGGCUGCUCUCGAUGAAAUGGGGGCUCAUACAGCCCCCGAUCUUCCCGGUGGAACCAUCCACCGCGAUGAAAAUGGAAGAGCUUCAGGCCUACUUGACGAAUCCGCUCUCAUGAACUUUGCAUGGCCUCAUCUAGAAAGUGUAACCUCCACGGAAGACAAAUUGAGUGCGUUGGACACUGCAAUUGCCACAUACACAGCUGCCGGGUAUACGGGACUAGUGGAUAUGGCUAUGGAUGAAGGAGCCUGGGAGAUUCUGAAUCUCUACCGUCAGAAUCAUACCAUCCCAUUCCACAUCGGCGCACACUGGCUCGUCCCUUUCUCAGCAGAUCAAACCGCCAACUUCAAUUACGUCGACCGGGCAAUUGAGCUACACAACCAGUACAGCCAGCCCGACUUCCAUGUCCUCGGAAUAAAGCUCAUCUGCGAUGGCGUUGUCGACGGAUGCACUGCCGCUCUCCUUCAACCUUACACUGGUCAAUCCGAUCCCGUCGAGCCAAUCUGGCCAGAGGAUAUGCUACAAGAAGUUGUCCAGCGCGCUGACUCGGCGGGCCUCCAAUGCGCAAUCCAUGCGAUAGGCGAUAAAGCGAUCCACCAAGCAAUCAAUGUGUUAUCGAGAGUCGGCACGCCAGGUCGGAGACACAGAAUCGAACACCUGGAGCUGACAACAUCGGACGACGCUAAGCGGCUCGGUGAGCUGGGUAUCACGGCCUCUAUCCAGCCCGUGCACUCCGAUCCCAUGCUUUUCAAGGCGUGGCCUGGUCUUGUGGGACCUGACCGCUGUAAGCGCGCUUUCGCCUACAAGGACUUCUUAGAUGGGGGUGCUCGUAUUGCGAUAGGUACGGAUGCGCCUACUGCGUGUCACUUCCCCUUCCCCAAUCUUUACAAUGCUACUACUAGGCGCUCGGCGCUGGAGACUGAGACUGAUAAUACUGUAAAUGAACAUUUCAGGUUGGGGUUGGCCGAGGCGGCUACAGGUGCUACAGGUGGUGCGGCUUAUGCACGGUUUGCUGAUUCAUGGACUGGAAGUCUGCGGAGGGGAUUGUAUGCGGAUUUCUUAGUUGUUGAUAUGCAGUGGAUGCCGGAGAGAUUGCUUGAAGCGAGUGUCUGUCAGACUUGGUAUCGGGGGAAGAAAGUUUUUGAUUCGUCAAGUGAUUGA